AUGGCUGAGGCGGGGGCAGAGGCUGAAGGCAUAGUGGCCCUCCUCUUCCGGAAGGAGGACUUACAUCGUGUGGACUGCUUUGAUCAAAAUAUUUCUCAGGCAGAUAAUGAAGCUUUGUGUGUUAUUCCAAAUGAAGAUGAGAUUAGGAGAGCUAUUUUUUGUCUUAAUUCCAGUAGUGCUCUCGGGCCAGAUGGAUUUGGUGCGCUUCGUCUCUCCGGUGGCUGUGGUAUGCAAGCCUACAUAGUCUCUAGCUUGGAGAUCGAUGAUCAAGGAUUUUACCAUUUAAAACUAGAAGAUGAAUCUAAAAAGUUAACAGCAUUCACAGUACCACAAGGAUUUUACGAAUGGAACAUUACUUAUCAAGACAAAGGUACUCAAACUGAUGAGAACCAAGAACCAAAAGAUACAUUUGCAAUCCUUACUACUCUAUCCUUACAGAUGGAGAGUAUGGGAAAAAGAUUACAACAGCUAGAAAGUCAGCAGCAUGACUAUAAAAAUGCGGAGCUAAGUCGAUCGGAAGACUCUAAACUUCCAGAGGUAGAAGGAGACGUUGGGAAACUCCAUAAAACCCAUGACAAAGUUUGUUUAACUACAGCUGCAGGCACAAGCAAACAAGUUAACAAGAAGCUACAUACCAAUGUAAACCUAAACAGCGUAUUUGAUAAGCCAUUUACAUCAAAAAAGCCAAAAGAAGCAAUAGUUAUAACCCCACAAAUUACAACCUAUGCUAAUAGCCUACACCACAACAAAAGGGUAUAUAACCAUAUUACCCAAACGUAUAUUGAGAAUAUAUAUAAAAUUCAGACAUUUCUGAACCUAAACCCCAGAUCAACUACUACUUCUGAUCCAACACAGGAUUAUGUAACCCAAAAACUACAGGGAUAUAAUAGGCUAAUAGCCCAACCAAAAACAAAGGCCAACCUAGUAAAAACAUGUUACAACUACGGACUACUUAGCACUGUAUAUACCCACGACGGAGAAGAAAUAAUUGGAAUACCAGAACUAUACAAAGCAUUUGUCACUUUCAAAAGAAUUACAAAGUGUAACUUAUUCUUCAUCAAAUUCUAUACAACACCAGCUGAAAUACUAUAUGAUGAAAUAAAACCCAUUAUACAAGUGAUAAAGAUAGGACUAACACGAGAUAUGAUAAUACCUGAAGAAAUAGAGCGACAACCGGAGAUACAGAAAAUGGAGAUACCAAGUUUCUAUGCCAACAAAAGAAUAAUUGGUAUAGCAACUAUUAUUCAAGAAUUAGCUAACAAUUAUCUACAAGGAAAUGCUAUCUGGAGUUAUUAUUCCAGAGACCAGUUAAUGAUAUAUGCCAACUCAAAGGAACUACGACAAGGAGAUAUGGAUGAAGUCCAGAAAUGGAUUUUGUCAUUAUUAAAGCCAGAAAUACAACCAACUACCAGAGCAUUGAAGAAAGAAUUUAUUUCAAACGAGUUAUUGACAAGAUACUGUAAACUAGUAGGACACAAAUAUCCAGACCACAUAUGUUCAAAGUGCAGCGGAGAUGAUAACUAUGUACCAGAAGUCCAACUAGAAUGA